AUGUCACAACUCCAUCCCAAUAACGAACAAGCAAGUGACAAGUCCAAAUUGGAGGAGGUGGCCACGACUAACCAUGAUGCUUCUCAAAUUAUUGUUGUCCUACCAGAUAUAAACAAUAACUCUCCCGAAAAAACCAUCACUAGAAAUUUCGAUCAACCAACACUUGUCUCAUUACCACCAAAUCAAAUUAAUUCCAAUACUAAUAAUAAUACUAUUAAUAAUUUGAAUUUGAAUUUGAAUUUGCAACAACAACAACAACAACAGGAAAUGACAGUACAAUUGAACAAUAUUCCGAACAACAGCAGUACCAACAACAAUAACAUUCACAAUGAUGGAAAUAUUGCCUGUUCACCACCCAUUACAACCAAUGAUCAUCCUUUACAACCAAAUAGAGUUGCCUCUCCUUCCACUGUGCCUCAAUCACCACAACAACCACAACAACAACAACAAUUAGCAGGUGUAGUAGUGGCAACAGCAACAGCAACAACAGUUGAGCAACAAGGUGCAGUAGAUCAAAAACAAGAAAAUUCAGGAAAAAAGAAGAAAAAGAAACGAAAGGAAGAUUAUGAUGAUGACGAUACAGAAAAUGAUUUGUUAGAUAAUGAUCUUGAUUUUACACCUGAUGAAUUGGAAUUGUUGAAAAGUCAAGAUCCUCCACCAAUUUCGUUUGAUUUACUUUCUGAAAUUCCACAAAUUCCAGCACAUUUGAGAACACGAUUGACCAUUUUGCAACAACAACAAAUAAUUUAUUCACUUCAUUCAUUGAAUUUGACUGAUAAACAGAGAAAGGAAUUAAUGCUAUUGGGAAAUGUGAUGAAACGAAUUACUCAAGAUGAAUUGAUGAAAUGUUCAAUAUUCGAAUCUGUCAAUGUCUACCUUUUCAUUUUGUGUGUUUCAACUUUGGCAGCUGCUGUCGGUACUUUGGCACUAGCUCUCAUUUACUUUGUAGUUUUAAAAGAUGCAGUUGCUGAAGGAACUUUUUCAAUAGUUUUGAGUGCAAUUUUCACAAUUACACUUGUUGGAUGCAUUCUCCUUUGUAUAGUAUUUAAUAUUAAGAAUAGACCAAAACACAAAUUUAGAAAGUCAACUCUGGCACAUUAUCACGAGGUAUUUGAGGAAGCAAUUUAUGAUAUUGGAAUAAUCAAGAAGUUGAAGAAUUGGAAUCAAAGAGAAGAAAGCUCAGACAAAACUAUCGUUACUAUGACUAUUAUAGAAGUAAGAGAUUGCUGUCCAAGUAUACGAGUGAACAAUUGCUGUGUUAUUUGCAUAUAA